CCCACAAGUUAACAAUAGGAGAUGUAUGCUUAAACUCUGACUGUGGUUUGACUGGGAUCUCCUUUUUAACUUACCAACUUCCAAGCAUUUUUAGCUUUCUAGUUAUUUUUGGAAGCUGGUACUCCUCAAUCUGUUUAAACAUAAAAUAAUGUAAAUUAGAACAAAAAAUGUAAUAAUGGGUACGAAGCGUAGAAAGAAGUUAUUGUGAGGGGUCUGAAUAUGCAAAUGUGUCACUCGCUCGCUCACUCGCUCACUAAGAUGUUAGCAGAUGGAUAAUCCACCCGGAGUCAAGUAUAAUUGGAAGAAGAUCUAUUUUAAAAUACUUACGUUAAUUUAAUAAUGCGUUAUUAUGAUAAUACGUCGUUUUAAGUCUUCUUUCAUUAUUAUUUCUUUCGUUUUUUUAGUAUUGCCAUCACGAUAGGUUGUGUGAUUUUUGGCAUCGUCGUUUAUGUAAUAAUGGUCAAAAUUAUCUUCCCGAAUGAUUAUCCAAGAAUACACACAUCCGGAGGACCAUAUUCCAAUGGUGCAGUAGCAACAGAUUCAGAAGACUGCUCUAAAGUUGGGGCGAAUAUACUUAUAGAUGGAGGUUCGGCCGUUGACGCUGCUAUCGCUUCAAUGUUGUGUGUUGGGGUGAUCAAUAUGCAUUCCACUGGCAUAGCAGGAAGUGGAUUUAUGCUCGUCUAUAAACGAAACACCAGGGAAACACGAAUGAUCAACUUUAGAGAAAAAGCGCCAGGUGCCUCAACCAGAAAUAUGUUUAAAAAUAAUGCGGACCAUUCCAAGUUUGGGGGACGAGCCAUUGCUGUGCCUGGUGAAGUGAUGGGCUACUAUGAUGCUUGGCAGCAAUAUGGAAAAUUACGAUGGUACAGACUCGUUCAACCAGCAAUUGAUAUCGCUAGAAACGGAUUUACGAUUGGGAUACCAGUUUAUGAAGCUGCACAUAAACAAGAGGAUAAAUUGAAAGAAGACCCUGGCCUAAAAGAGCUGUUAUUUGACAAGGAAGGAAGGUUGCUUCGAGAAGGAACUACAAUUACAAAUGAAAAGUACGCAAAGACMCUUGAACAGAUACGUGACAAUCCACAUAGUCUUUAUAAUGGACCCCUGGCUAGGGACAUCAUUGAUGAUAUGAAAGAUGUGGAGCCAAAGGGCUUGCUCCAAAUGGAAGAUCUUAGAAACUACUCGACUGAGAUUGUAAAUGGAUUCUCCCGUAGACUUGACAAUGGCCAUGUUUUACACACAACUCCACCACCCACAAGUGGACCAUUGAUAAACCUUAUUUUAAACAUCUUGAAAGGUUACAAAAUGACAGCAAAAGAUAUUUCCAACGUCAACGACAACGCUUCGUCCCUUGCAUACCAUCGAAUAGCAGAAGCCUUCAAGUUUGCAUCUGCCUAUCGAAGUUUACUGGGAGACCCGGACUUUGUCAACGUCUCAGAGRUCGUGAGAGACCUACUCGACCCCAAAACGGGCGACUUUUUACGGCAGAAAAUAUGGGAUAAUACGACACACAAUGUCUCUUACUACGCCGAGUAUUUCACUAAAGUUGAUUACGGAACCUCUCACUUGGUGGUUUUGGCACCUAAUGGUGAUGCUGUGUCUUUGACCUCAAGCAUCAAUUACAGGUUUGGCUGUAUGUUUCGAUCUAAAAGGACAGGCAUCAUCUACAACGACGGAAUGGCCGACUUUGAUAAUCCUGGGGACAAGAAGAUCAAUGGUAUUUAUCCUUCAGAAGUGAACUUUCCUGAGCCAGGCAAGCGUCCUCUUUCUUCCAUGACUCCAGUUAUCAUUACAGAUAACGAUGGAAAUGUGAAGUUUAUUGCUGGUGCUUCUGGAGGGAAAAAGAUCCUUACUGCUACGGCAUUGACAAUCAUUAAUUGGCUAUGGUUUGAUCGCAAGAUAUCUUCAGCUGUAGAUUGCCCGAGGAUUCACACGCACCUUGUCCCAAACAACACCUUAAUAGUCGAGAAGAAGUUCCCGGAAGAAGUCAAAAAAGGGCUCGAGGCUCGCGGUCACAAAUUACAAGAUUUGAAAUAUUACGCGGCAGUCCAAGCUAUAGAAAAGCGCGGGAAGAAAAUCUACGCUAAAUCAGAUCCACGGAAACAUGGUAAGCCAGCAGGAUAUUGAAGGCGUUCGUUAUCCAGUCUAGCAGCGCUGUGGCGAAAAAGUAAACACGUAUUUCAAAAAAAAGUCGGUUUGGGAUCUGAAGUAACACGAACCGAGUAACUCGCGCUAUGUAAUAUAUUUACAGCUGAAGGACGUACUGUAGUUUCCUUUUAGAUUGGAAUAUGACCUUUGAGAGUAUUAUUAGAAAAGUGAUUUUUCGGAUUUUAGACAAAAAACAUUUGCAUAUAGAUAUGAAACAUUUCAAGCUUUGUACAAGCAAUGGAGUGUGUGCAACUAUGUGACUCAAAAUCCCUCGAGAUAUAAAUAACAAUGAAACAGCCGCCAUCUUGGUUGAUCUAAAAAGAGAAGCUAAUGAGGAAUG